UCGGGGAGUGGUCUGACCGCGGGCGGCUGCGGGUGCGGAGAGGGGCGGGGGGCGGGGGGAGACAUGGCUCGGCGCGGCUGGCGGCGGGCAGCUCUUCGCCGCGGCGUUGGCGGCAGCCUCCGGGUUCGCCAGUUCGUGCGACCCGUCUGGUUGCUCCUCUUAGUGGGCGUCUUUGACUGGGCAGGGGCGUCGGACGGCGCUGGCGGAGCAGCUAGAGCCAUGGACGAGGAGAUCGUGUCCGAGAAGCAAGCCGAAGAGAGCCACCGGCAGGACAGCGCCAAUUUGCUUAUCUUCAUCUUGCUGCUCACCCUCACCAUUCUCACGAUCUGGCUCUUCAAGCACCGCCGGGCCCGCUUCCUGCACGAAACCGGCCUGGCUAUGAUUUAUGGUCUUUUGGUGGGCCUUGUUCUUCGGUAUGGCAUUCAUGUUCCAAGUGAUGUAAAUAAUGUGACCCUGAGCUGUGAAGUGCAGUCAAGUCCAACUACCUUAUUGGUAAACGUUAGUGGAAAAUUUUAUGAGUAUACGCUGAAAGGAGAGAUUAGUUCACAUGAACUAAAUAACGUUCAAGAUAAUGAAAUGCUUAGAAAGGUUACUUUUGAUCCGGAAGUAUUUUUCAACAUAUUACUUCCUCCAAUUAUAUUCUAUGCAGGUUAUAGCCUGAAAAGGAGACAUUUCUUUCGAAACCUUGGGUCUAUCCUAGCAUAUGCUUUUCUUGGAACAGCAAUUUCUUGUUUUGUUAUUGGGUCAAUAAUGUAUGGCUGUGUAACACUGAUGAAGGUCACUGGACAGCUUGCUGGAGAUUUCUACUUCACAGAUUGCCUGCUGUUUGGUGCCAUUGUAUCAGCAACUGAUCCAGUGACUGUUCUUGCCAUAUUCCAUGAGCUUCAAGUUGAUGUUGAACUCUACGCACUUCUUUUUGGUGAAAGUGUCCUCAAUGAUGCUGUUGCCAUAGUGCUGUCCUCCUCAAUAGUGGCAUACCAGCCAGCCGGAGAUAACAGUCACACCUUUGAUGUCACAGCCAUGUUCAAGUCGAUUGGAAUCUUCCUUGGGAUCUUCAGUGGAUCUUUUGCUAUGGGUGCUGCUACAGGAGUGGUGACAGCUUUAGUGACAAAGUUCACCAAAUUACGGGAGUUCCAGUUGUUGGAGACAGGCCUAUUUUUCUUGAUGUCCUGGAGUACCUUCCUCUUGGCUGAAGCAUGGGGUUUCACAGGUGUGGUUGCGGUAUUGUUUUGUGGCAUCACACAAGCACACUAUACAUAUAAUAAUUUGUCCACAGAGUCUCAGCAUAGAACUAAACAGUUGUUUGAGCUUCUCAAUUUCUUGGCAGAGAAUUUCAUCUUCUCCUACAUGGGGCUGACACUAUUCACCUUCCAGAACCAUGUCUUUAACCCAACAUUUGUAGUAGGAGCAUUUAUUGCUAUUUUCUUGGGAAGAGCUGCAAAUAUUUACCCCUUGUCCCUCUUACUCAAUUUGGGUAGAAGAAGUAAGAUUGGAUCAAAUUUUCAACAUAUGAUGAUGUUUGCUGGCCUUCGAGGUGCAAUGGCAUUUGCCUUGGCCAUUCGAGAUACUGCUACUUAUGCACGGCAAAUGAUGUUCAGCACCACACUUUUGAUUGUGUUUUUUACUGUUUGGGUGUUUGGUGGUGGCACCACUGCAAUGCUGUCAUGCUUGCAUAUAAGGUACUGUGCUAGACUCUGGGGAUACAGAGAUGAAUUGAGACAUGACCUUUAUCCUCAAGGAGCUCACAGUCUUUUGGGGGACACUGACAGGGUUGGUGUUGAUUCAGACCAAGAACAUUUGGGUGUUCCUGAAAAUGAAAGGAGAACUACAAAAGCAGAGAGCGCUUGGCUCUUCCGGUUGUGGUACAACUUCGAUCACAACUAUCUGAAGCCUCUGCUGACUCACAGUGGGCCUCCUCUGACAACAACACUUCCUGCCUGCUGUGGCCCCAUCGCCAGGUGCCUAACCAGCCCCCAGGCUUACGAAAACCAGGAACAAUUGAAAGAUGAUGAUUCUGAUCUCAUUCUCAAUGAUGGCGAUAUCAGUUUGACAUAUGGGGAUUCGACUGUGAACACUGAAUCAGCAACAUCCAGCGCCCCUCGGAGAUUUAUGGGAAAUAGUUCUGAGGAUGCCUUGGAUCGGGAGCUUGCAUUUGGAGACCAUGAACUGGUCAUUCGAGGAACACGCCUGGUUCUCCCCAUGGAUGAUUCUGAACCCCCAUUAAAUUUGUUAGAUAAUACGAGACAUGGUCCAGCCUAAGCUUAUUAAUACUCACUUAGUGAUUUGUCAAAUUUGCACAUGUGAUUGUGAAGAAAUUUGUACUACCUAAAAGUCCCAGUGCAUGUCUCUGAAUGUUAAGCUAUAUAAAUGCUAUUUAUAUGGCAUAGAAAGAAUAUAAAUAUCAUGUAUAAGGCAGAUUGUGAACCAACUAUUCUCUUAGAGUGGAUCUGUUUUAGAAAGUUACUUCCACCGUGAUGUUGUGUGUUCUGUUAGCUUUAUGUCUCAGUUAAAGUAUAAAAAGUGACGGAUUUUCUCUUUCUUAUAUUUACCUGACACUUAACCCAAGUACCAAGUUCUUGUGAUGUGAAUUAAUUUUACUUUUUGUGGUAGGGGAGGGAAGAGGGAAGAGGGAUUAGGGAUUGUUAUUUCCUUGGGAACCCUGGGAGGAAAGGUUCCUUUGUUGGGAAACUUUUGUUGAUUGCUGCUGCCUUUGUCCUGACCUUUUUCUUUCCCUUUUCUGUGGUGGCCCAUUGUGGUGCAAGGAGCUGAUGGCAUUUUGAUCUUGCCCCAUUCAGGUUGGGGAGUGAAGUGCAGGGGCCCUUUUUCCCCCUUGCCGUGAAAGAAAAGCUUCAUUGACUACAGUAUACUGCUGUUCAGAAAAGAAGGUUGCAAAUGAUUUCCAAGACCUUGUUUCUUUUUUUCCAGACCAGGACCACAGAAGGAGUCACAUCUAGCCAGCUUAGCCAAAGUACAGUUGUAUAUAGUUCUGGACACUUGAUUGAGAUUUGAGGGAGCUGUGGCGGGCAGAGAGAGGGCAGAGGGCAAGAAAGGGGUAAAGCGAAUGGUGGUUUCAGAGAUCUCUCUUCCCAAAUAUGUACAUAUUCUAUACCAGAUAAGUUUAAAUAAGAAAUUUAAUUGCUGCUUACUUUUUGAUUCUGUACCUUAUCUGUAUAGCAAGCUUUGUCGUCAGAAGUUUUUAUAUCAAUUUCAAUUGCUGCUCUUUAGCAGCCAAACAGGAGCAAAAUGUAAAAUUUUUGAACUUACUGUGUCUGUAAUUUGUUAGUCUGUAUUUAAUGUUAAAAAUUAAUUUAUGAUCGUUCCACACUACACCAAAUUUGGCUGGAAGAGAAACAGAAUGCUCCACAGCGUUUAUUUUAAGUUGGCUCCUUGGUGUGCAGCAGGUGUAGUCUUCAUUUUCAUGUUACUUUUUAAUAUUAAAUACCUAAGCUGCCAUGUGUUUUUUUUUUUUUACAGUUUUCAAGGAAGAGCACAGAACAAUUUCUCAUUUCAUAUUUGGAAUAUGAAAGUGUAUUCUAUUUUAUAAUGUUGACAAUACCUAAAGAUGCAUUGAAUGCUGGGAAGGGGAAUACUUUUUGAUGUUGAUCCUGACUUGUUAAUGUUUCAGAAGAAAAAUAUAAAUUCUUUUGGAUUUUUUCCUCAGGUGUGAGUAGCAUUGCCUUAAAUCUUACCCAAUCAGAAUAUUGCUUAAUUUACCUGAUGUUCAAAUUUUCCAGUGAAAAAUAUCCUUCUAAACAAAGCAUGUACUUACUCUGAAAAAGGUAUCUGUGCUGUUGCAAACACUCCUUGGUAUUUUAAGGGAAUUUUAACGUUGUACCCUUUAGUGGCAGCUUUGACUGUUGGCAUAGCCAUUUGUUAUGUAGUGGUAGCGACUUUCCUGCUAUGCAGGAAUCCCUCCCGUGAAGUGUACGUUUUAUAUGAUGUGUGCCUCCUUAUGCCGUAAAUAAUUUUGUGUUAAUGUAUGUUUGAGGGAUUUGAAUGUCAACGUCAUUUACUCACGAAGUUAUUCAAGUUGUAAAAGGUUAUACAGUAAUUUAACAACUACCUUUUUUAUUCUAUCAGGUUACUGAGCUCACUUUAUGUAAAUACUCAGCAUGACAAAUUCAGUAACUCAUCUGUUUCAGCAUGCAUAAGACUUUUCAUUACGGAAACUGAUGAAGCUUGAGUCAACUAAAUCUGCCUUCGUACUUUAUCAAAGGGGAACCAAGCCUGCUGUGCUUACAUCAGCAUCUGGAAGAUUUUUCUCUCCUCUAAUCUGUGUGCACAUCUCCAAGCAAAGAAGAGAAAACACACUCUGCUCAGACAUCUGUUGGUUUUAGACACCUGAUGAAUUUGAUGAAUUUUGAUGAAGGACAGUCUGAGUUACCACCAUACAUACACAAAUAGAACUGCUCUUGGACUUGUUCGUCUAUUGUUUGUGGAACCUACACAUUUGAAUGACUUGAACGUUGCAGCUUUUAAAGUUAUUUUUUAAGGUUUCUUGGCAUUUAUUCUAGUUGUCCGUGUUUGCCAAUGUGCUGUUAAAGUAAUAGACUUUUAAUCUUUAUGUAUUUUUUUGUUUUCCUUUGGACAGAUGUUAUAGUGGUUUCUUUUAGGAAAAUCUGUCAUUAAAAAAAUUAUAGCCUUGCAAAUAACCACUCA